AUGAAGCCCUUCGCACCCGUCAUCGCUGCCUGCUGUGCACUCCUCGCGUCCACCUCCCUCGCCGUCCAGGAAGAGACCAAGUCUCUCGAGGAGCUCUACGCCGACGCUGUCGCUGAAGGAGGCAACCUCGUCAUGUAUCACGGCGGAGACUUCAAGUCGCAGCAGGACUCGCUGCACGAGGCCUUCACCACGGCCUUCCCGGAGAUCAACUUCACGCUCAUCGUUGACUAUAGCAAGUACCACGACGUGCGCAUUGACAACCAGCUCGAGACCGACACGCUCGUUCCCGACCUCGUCGCGCUGCAGACGCUGCAGGACUUCCCUCGCUGGGCGCAGGAGGGCAAACUACUCGAGUACAAGCCCGCCAACUUCUCGCAGGUCUACGACGGCUUCCGCGACCAGCGUGGCGCCUACAUGGCGUACAUGAUGUUCACCUUCAGCUUCCUGUACGACGAGACCGCGCUGGACGGGAACGCGGCACCCAAGUCGCCGGCCGACCUCGUGGACCCACAAUGGUCAGGUAAAAUCGCAUCCACCUACCCGAACGACGACGACGCCGCGCUCUUCCUGUACACGCGCUACGUCGAGAAGUACGGCUGGAACUGGGUCGAAGACCUGGCCAACCAGAACGUCACGUUCCGCCGCGGUUCCAAUACGGCCAGCGAUCUCGUGACGGCCAAGGACAAGGUCAUUGGUGUCGGCACGUACUCCGAAGGCACGCCCAACGUAACGUUCGUGACGGAUGGCGGCAACGAGUACCUGGCGUGGGGCCAGCGCAUCGCCAUCUUGAACAAGGCCAAGCACCCGGCGGCCGCCAAGCUCUUCAUGAACUGGGCCAUCUCGGAGGACGUGCAGAAGACGGUUGUGGCCGAGAACGUGCGCGUGGACUUGACGCCCAACUACGGCUCCAGCCACCCGUGGGAGAUCUGCAAGGCGAACGUGGACGAGUUCCCCAAGUUCAUGGCGGACCGCGCGGCGGUGGAAGAGUGGAAGCAGACGUUCACGCUGUACAUUGGCGAGGUGCAGGGCGAGCCGACGCCGGGCUUCCUUGGCGUGCACCCUGGUCUGUAA